AUGCAGUUGGAUUCAUCGGUGGUUCCACUAUGGCUUUCAUCUCUCAUUUCCGACAAGUUUUUCAAUGCAUGCUUAACUCACAAAGAUGUAAAGAAAAACGAGACGAAUACGUUUUGUUUCGAUUGUUGCGUCGGAAUAUGCCCUCAAUGCUUCCCUAAUCACACCUCGCAUCGUUUCAUACAGAUAAGGAGGUAUAUGCAUAGCGAUGUAAUAAGGCUCGUCGAUGCUAAUAAACUAAUCGACUGUGCUCAAAUUCAAUGUAAUAUCGUUAACAAAGAAAAAGUGAUGUUUAUAAAUAAGAGGGCUCAAACAAGGCAACCAAGAUCUUCUUGCAACCUCUGUGUAACGUGCACCAGCAGGAACCUGCAAUCGACGUAUAUCUACUGCUCGCUCUCGUGCAAGCUCGAACAUAUAUUGACAAGUGGGUGCGACCUUUCAUCGUACCUCCGCUUCGCGGAGGUACAUGAGUCGGUGAUGGAACAAACCGGUUCACUGAGGUCCGACUCCGACUCCAAUGGCGACGGCGGUGGUCAACUCUACAGACAACACCUCACUGACACGACGGCGACGGAAGUCCUGAAGAAGAAACGAAGCAUUCGUCGCUGCAUCCCAUCAGAGUUUAGACCAGUUUGUGAGAUUUCAAAGUCAAUAAUGAACCGGAGAAAAUGUAUCCCUCACCGGUCACCACUUCAUUGA